AUGGAAGUCUUAUCUACUUCCACGCCUCUAACACUUCACACCCGCCGUCUCCCCUCUUCAUCUUCUCCCGUCACCUCCUUCGCCGCUUCUUCCCUCUCUUCCUUCUCCUCCUCCUACCUCGGAAUCUCCCUCUCCAACAACCGUAACCACCGCCUCUCCACAACUCCAACGAACUCCCGCCGGCUCCCCCGCAAGAAACGAAACAAACUCACCCCGAUCUCAGCCGUUUUCGAGCGGUUCACGGAACGAGCCAUCAGAGCCAUAAUCUUCUCCCAGAAGGAAGCUAAAUCGUUGGGGAAAGACAUGGUCUACCCUCAGCACCUUCUCCUCGGCCUGAUCGCAGAGGAUCGCGACCCUCGGGGGUUCCUUGGAUCCGGAGUGACCGUAGACAAGGCGCGUGAGGCUGUGUCGAGUAUCUGGGACGAAGCUAGCUCCGACGAUUCCGGUUUAUUGGAGUCGUCGUCGAGUUCGUACUCUAGGUCCACGGAUAUGCCGUUCUCGAUCAGCACGAAGCGGGUGUUCGAAGCUGCGGUGGAGUAUUCGAGGACUUUGGAGUGUCAGUAUAUUGCUCCCGAGCAUAUAGCUGUCGGACUAUUUACCGUUGAUGACGGUAGCGCUGGGAAAGUCCUCAAGAGAUUGGGAGCAAAUAUGAAUUUGCUCACAGCAGCAGCACUGACCAGACUUAAAGGAGAGAUUGCCAAAGAUGGAAGAGAACCACCUUCUUCUAAAGGGAACUCUGACGCUUCACCUAAUGGCAGAGUUGGUGGUCCUGGAAGAACGAAAGAGAAAAGUGUACUGGAACAGUUCUGUGUGGAUCUCACGGCACGAGCUAGCGAGGGGCUUAUUGAUCCUGUUAUCGGCAGGGAGAAGGAAGUUCAAAGAGUCAUCCAGAUACUUUGCCGCAGAACCAAAAACAACCCCAUUCUUCUCGGUGAGGCUGGUGUUGGGAAGACCGCCAUUGCUGAAGGACUUGCGAUUAGUAUUGCAGAAGCAAAUGCUCCUGGUUUUCUCUUGACGAAACGCAUCAUGUCCCUGGAUAUAGGACUGCUUAUGGCUGGUGCAAAGGAAAGAGGGGAACUGGAAUCACGAGUCACUGCUUUGAUAAGCGAAGUUAAAAAAUCAGGUAAGGUCAUUCUCUUCAUAGAUGAAGUGCACACUCUUAUUGGAUCUGGCACAGUCGGAAGAGGCAACAAAGGGUCUGGUCUUGACAUUGCUAAUCUCUUGAAACCACCACUUGGGAGAGGUGAACUUCAGUGCAUUGCAUCCACAACCCUUGACGAAUUCAGGAGUCAGUUUGAGAAGGACAAAGCACUAGCGAGGAGAUUCCAGCCAGUGUUGAUUGACGAGCCAAGCGAGGAAGAUGCGGUGAAGAUUUUGAUAGGCCUUCGUGAAAAAUACGAAGCCCAUCACAACUGCAAAUACACUAUGGAAGCCAUAGAUGCUGCAGUCUACCUUUCAUCGCGAUACAUCGCGGAUAGAUUUCUUCCGGAUAAAGCUAUUGAUCUUAUUGACGAGGCGGGAAGCAGAGCUCGCAUCCGAGCUUUUAGAAAGAAGAAGGAGGAUGCUAUCUGUAUCCUUUCGAAGCCGCCCGAUGAUUACUGGCAAGAGAUCAGAACUGUUCAGGCCAUGCACGAAGUGGUUCUAUCAAGCAGGCCGAACCAGGAAGAUGGUAAUGCCAUUGCAGAUGAGUCUAAUGAACUAGUUGAGGAGUCUUCUCUGCCGCCUGCAGCAGGCAACGAUGAGCCUAUAGAGGUGGGACCUGAUGACAUUGCAGCCGUUGCAUCGGCUUGGUCUGGAAUUCCAGUUCAGCAGAUCACAGCAGAUGAGAGAAUGCUUCUUAUGGGUCUAGAAGAUCAGCUUAGAAACAGAGUCGUUGGUCAAGAUGAGGCCGUAGCUGCCAUAUCUAGAGCUGUGAAGAGGUCACGUGUUGGCUUGAAAGAUCCUGACCGUCCGAUCGCCGCUAUGCUUUUCUGUGGACCAACUGGAGUUGGAAAAACCGAACUCACAAAAGCUCUGGCAGCUAAUUAUUUCGGAUCGGAGGAAUCUAUGCUGAGAUUGGACAUGAGUGAGUACAUGGAGCGUCAUACGGUGAGCAAGUUGAUAGGCUCUCCUCCCGGAUAUGUUGGUUUUGAAGAAGGCGGAAUGCUCACUGAAGCUAUCAGGAGACGUCCUUUUACAGUGGUUUUAUUCGAUGAGAUAGAGAAAGCCCAUCCUGAUAUUUUCAAUAUUCUUCUCCAGCUCUUCGAAGAUGGCCAUCUAACUGAUUCACAGGGAAGGAGAGUAUCUUUCAAGAACGCACUGAUCAUAAUGACUUCUAAUGUCGGAUCAUCAGCCAUUGCCAAGGGAAGACAGAGGUCAAUCGGUUUUAUCCUCGAUGAUGACGAAGAGGAAGCUUCUUACUCUGGUAUGAAGGCUUUGGUAGUCGAAGAACUCAAGAACUACUUCCGUCCAGAGUUGUUGAACCGGAUUGACGAAAUCGUCAUCUUCAGACAGCUCGAGCAGGCUCAGAUGAUGGAGAUUUUGAAUCUGAUGUUACAAGACUUGAAGUCGAGGCUUGUGGCACUUGGAGUCGGCUUAGAGGUGUCUGAACCUGUCAAGGAGCUUAUAUGCAGACAAGGCUAUGAUCCGGCCUACGGUGCACGACCACUACGUAGAACCGUCACGGAGAUUGUGGAAGAUCCACUCAGCGAAGCCUUUCUUGCUGGGAGCUUCAAGCCCGGCGACACGGCAUUUGUGCUUCUCGAUGAUACCGGAAACCCUUCGGUUCGGACCAAACCAGAUUCUUACACUGUACGAGUUACAGACAAGACAUCGAUCGCAUAGAUUUUCACCAUUGGAGGAUUGUAUAUAAAGAUUCUUUGGUUAUACUCAAUCGCCUUAUAGUUGAACCUCAAUUGCUUGUUGCAAAUGUGUGUAUAUAUAUAAAGAUACAUAGUGAUUAGUGCGUGAGGUAAUUGUAGUAGCUUAUUAAAUUAUGUAUUUGUUACUCGAAUUAUAUUAUACUUUUAAUUUUCUAAA